CUUCUUCUUCUUCUUCUUCUUCUCCGCCUCCAAACCUAAAAAGUAUUGGGAUAGUUCAAGGAAAAUCGUUGCAGAAGGCAGAGUAUGAUGAUCCUCAAGCGGCAGUGUGCUUCUCGCGGUCUCCGUCUCUCUUCUACAUCGUUUCUUCACAGCAGCAGCGUCGCAAUACAGGAGGAAAAGGAAGACGAUGACGCGGAGACUGUUUACCGGAUGAUGAUCAACACGCAAGGAGGAGAGCUAAAGGAGGCGUUGAGCUCAAGUGGAAUCCACUUGUCUAAGGACUUAAUCGACAGGGUUCUGAAAAGAGCUAGGUUUAGUCACGCUAACCCUCUUCAAGCCCUAGAGUUCUACAGGUACGCCGCUGAUUCUCGACGAGGAGGCUUUUAUCAUUCUUCCUUUUCUCUAGACACGAUGCUCUAUAUCCUCGGUAGGAAUCGGAAGUUCGAUCAGAUCUGGGAGGUUUUGAUUGAUGCUAAGCGUAAGGAUCGGUCUUUGAUUACGCCUCGGACGAUCCAAGUUGUUUUAGGCAGAGUAGCUAAGCUCUGCUCCGUUAGACAAACCGUUGAGUCUUUCUGGAAGUUUAAGAGAUUGGUUCCUCAUUUCUUCUUCGACGACGACACCUCCGCUUGUUUCAAUGCUCUCUUGAGAACUCUUUGCCAAGAGAAGACUAUGACUGAUGCUAGGAAUGUUUAUCACUCUUUGAAGCAUCAGUUUCACCCUGACUUGCACACUUUUAACAUACUUUUGUCCGGUUGGAGAUCAUCUGAAGAAGCUGAAGCUUUCUUUCAGGAGAUGACGAAAGAAAAGGGGCUGAAACCUGAUGUGGUUACCUACAACUCUCUGAUUGAUGUGUUUUGCAAGGCCAGAGAGAUGGAUAAAGCUUACAAGCUGAUUGAUAAGAUGCGUGAGGAGGAUGUGACUCCUGAUGUUAUUACUUACACAACCAUUAUAGGCGGUUUGGGGUUAAUAGGACAGCCUGAUAAAGCUAGGGAGGUUUUGAAGGAGAUGAAGGAGUAUGGAUGUUAUCCUGACGUUCCUGCUUAUAACGCUGCUAUUAGGAACUAUUGCAUAGCCAGGAGGCUUGGGGAUGCAGAUAUGUUGGUGGAUGAGAUGGUGAAGAAAGGUUUCUCUCCCAACCCCACUACUUAUAAUCUCUUUUUCCGUGUUCUGUCUUUGUCGAAUGAUUUGGGACGUUCUUGGGAGCUGUAUAAGAGAAUGUUGGGGAAUGGGUGUUUCCCAAAUACUCAAUCUUGUAUGUUCUUGAUUAAGAUGUUUAAGAGACACGAGAAAGUGGAUAUGGCGUUGCGGUUGUGGGAAGAUAUGGUUGUAAAAGGUUUCGGUUCUUAUAGUUUGGUUUCGGAUGUGCUUUUGGAUUUGCUAUGUGAUUUGGCUAGAGUAGAUGAGGCUGAGAAGUGUUUGCUUGAGAUGGUUGACAAGGGACAUAGACCGAGUAAUGUCUCUUUUAAAAGGAUCAAGUUGUUGAUGGAGCUAGCAAAUAAGCACGAUGAGCUUAAUAACUUGAAACAGAAGAUGGCUGUUUUCAGUACAGAGAUUCAGCCAUGAAAACAUCAGGACAUUCUUCCAGCGUUUUUCUAAGAGCAAGUCGAGUCCUUCCUCAUGUAUAAUGCCAUUGUACUUGGCGAAGUCUUUCUUCUUCAAGUCUAUCAGCUUCUCUGCUGCGCAUGAAUAUGAAGAGGAAGACGAUGAAGUUGAGGUACCAUUUUAGUGUUUAGGAGUUUUGCAGAGGUAGGUGCUGAAGAAGAAGAAGAUCAAUGAAGCAGAGAUGAAAAAGUUGCAGACUUUUGGAUUCUACUGAAACAAGCAGCAGAUUUGGUGGUUGUAACUGUACCAGACGCUAUUGAUGGCAUCUUUUUGCUCUUUGGAGAUUGAGUUUUGGAACUAAUCAAAUGAGCAUAGAUUUUAUGUAGUUUUGCAUUGCCAAAGAGAAAGAGACUCUUCAGGACCGAUCACAAUCUCUUAGUUUCUACGUUUAAAUGUUAUUACACUCCACACAAAGUUUGUUGACGUGCUUAGACAAAUCAGCUAACAUUGAAAAGAAAAGAGAAAGAAGCUCUGUUUGCGUGACUUAGUUUCUUGUAGGUUUGUUUUGUUUUGUUCCUAUUCGGGCUCAAUCAAUCACGGCCAAAACUUAUGGUCGGAUUUUUAAAUUCCUCUUUUUCUUGGUGACUUAUUAAACCAGAAUUUCUGUGAUGAGAGUAGAGAACACUAGGGGGUGGGUACAAGCCGAGUACUCGGUAUUUUUGGUAUACUUAAUACUCGGCUUGACUUAUACGAGUAGUAAAUAUUUUUACUUGUACUUGGUUUGCAAAAAACAAGUACUUGCAGUUUCAAGUACUUGCCAAAAAUUG